CGAUGGAGCUCGAAGCAAGAGGAACCUGUCGAGACAGUUUAUUAGACACAAAUAUGACACUGUGACAGAAAGAAGUAGAAGCCGACGAGCUGUAUCAAAAAUGCCCUUUAUGGACUAUUUGCUUUUGAUAGUUCUAUAACAUUUCCAGACGACUUGACGGACUUUCUCUGCGGGAUGGAGUGCAGGAGCGCGUGCGUAACGGAGUUCUUCUGCCGAAAGAAGAAGAAUGUGAAAACUGCGGUGAGCUUAACUUUGCUUUUUGCCACUUUACUGAUGCUUCAGAAGCUAAUAACAGUGGACACGAACAGUAAAGACAAAAAAGUCGAAGUGAAAGGCAGAUGGUGUGGCCCCCAAUGCCCGUCAUUCAAGAGUAAAAACCUCAAGGCGGUUGAAAAUUCUUCUCACUCAGGCGGCAGUGACUCGAAGCGGGCGUUAAAACAACUGCCCAAGAAAUGGGACGUGAAUAAAAUUACAUGUACUGAAAAUUCCACGAUAAAAACUCAACUCUGGUUUCGUCGUUUGAGCCCAAGGUUUCACGAAUUUGUUCUUCACAGACAUUGCCGAUACUUUCCAAUGCUGCUGAAUCACCCGGAGAAGUGCGGCGGCGGCGUGGAUGUUCUGGUCGUGGUUAAAUCUGUUAUUGAAGAACACGACCGGAGAGAAGCCGUGCGAAAGACUUGGGGAAAGGAGCAAGAAAUUCAAGGCUUGAAAAUCAAAACGCUGUUUCUUUUAGGCACCCCAGCCCCUGGCAAAGACUCGCGAAACUUACAAGCUCUAGUUCAAUAUGAGGAUCGAACUUACGGGGACAUUUUGCAGUGGGACUUCAUGGACACCUUCUUCAACUUGACCUUGAAAGAAGUGAACUUUCUAAGGUGGUUCAGCAUCUACUGCCCAGACGUUCCCUUCAUCUUCAAAGGGGAUGAUGAUGUGUUUGUCCACACCAAAAACCUGGUGGAACUAAUUGGCUUCAGGAAGGAGGAGAACAAAGUGGAAAACCUCAUUGUAGGCGAUGCAAUUUUAGAAGCAAAGCCGAUUAGAAACCGCCAGAGUAAGUAUUUCAUCCCCAGAGAGUUGUAUGAUAAACGCUACCCCCCUUAUUUGGGCGGAGGGGGAUUUCUUAUGUCCUCUCAGGUGGCCCGCAAAGUCUUUACGGUUUCUGAGAGCGUGGAGCUUUACCCCAUUGACGAUGUGUUUGUGGGCAUGUGCCUUCAGAAGCUCAAUAUUGUCCCUGAAGUGCAUCUGGGGUUCAGGACGUUCGGGAUCAUUAAGCGGAAAGUGACGCGUCUGAACCGGGAGCCGUGCUUCUUCCGUGACCUCAUCGUGGUGCACAAACUCGUUCCGCAGGACCUGCUGAAAAUGUGGACGCUUGUUCAAAACGAGGACUUGAGCUGUGCCAGACAAUUUGUACUAUAAAGAAUAAUUUUAUAAAGUGUUUUUUUUUUCAAAGUGAAGCGUUUUUGUUUUCAGUUGCCACUGUGGUGGAACUUUGUGAUUUUAUGAGGACGAUGAUUAUGCCUAUAACUUGCCAGAUGUAAUAAACCACAAGGUAUAAUCGUC